AUGUGCGCAAGGGAUGACAGAUAUUGCACUGAUGGUUUCUUGACGGAUCAUUACAGAGACUUUAGAGAGUCGGAUGUGUUUCACAUCCAUCCCCACAAUGCUCCUCAGGUCUUUAAGGUUGUUUGUAAGAUGGAUAAAUGGACAACUGGAUGGGCAUUUCUCUGCGCACGACGUCGUGGGGCUAUCCAGGUCAACUUUUCACGAACGUGGGAAGACUACAAAAAUGGAUUUGGAAACUUCGGCUUACGAGAAAACUAUUGGUCAGGUCUGGAUGUGAUGCACUACGUGACUAACAACCGUCCCCACAAACUGAGGGUACAAAUACUGUUUCAAGAAAAUAGGACCAACGUGUGGAGGAACCAUGACUAUCUUGAUUUUAAGGUUAGCAGUGAGCAGCAUGGUUAUAACUUCACCUUUUCGUCCGCUGUACCGCCCAGGAUCAAUGAAGCAAUUGAUGGCCUCUCUGCGUCUAUGGGAGUUCGAUUUUCGACUUACGAUAUCGACAACGACAACGACAGCGGUGGCAACUGUGCAAGUAUCCACCAGUCUGGGUGGUGGUUCACCACAUGUGACGGCUACAAUCCCACAGGGCAGCCACAACCUCCAUCAGUUCAAUACCAAGACAUCGGACCCCACUCAACUGUCCUGGCCUCACACACUGAACUAUAG